UGUCCUUAUUAGGGAACACUACCGCGCAUGCGUACUCGGACUGUUCAAAACAUCGUCAGCUUCAGGUUUUGACAGCUAAACUUUCUAAAGAUUUGGGAAGUUGUAGGACAUGAGCGAAGAUGGAUGAGGACGAUGCGUUCGAGGCCCCGCAGAGGAACGAGUACCGCUACCUGGUGCAGGAGGACGAGGACGAGGAGGUGCAGUACGUCCGGCACCGGCACUACAUCAGCCCCUUCCUGGUUCUGUCCAAACGCUGCAUCUUCCUGAUCUUCCUCGGCGUGGUCGCCCUGCUGGCGCUCGCCGCCUACCUGGGCUACGCGGCGCAGAUGCUGCCGCCGGGACGCGCACAGGUGUCGACGGACUGCGGCGAGUUCAGAGGAAAACAUGAAAAUGGCGCCUACUCCUUUAAGGGCAUUCCCUACGCCGCUCCGCCGGUCGGUGAGCGGCGCUGGGCUCCUCCGUCCGACCCGCCGUGUAAGCAGGGCGUGACGGACGCCACGCGCUUCCGCAGCGUUUGCGCUCAGGUGCAGCCGAUGUUGAGCACUGGGAAGGCGAUCGGCCAGGAGGACUGCCUGUUCGUCAACGUGUGGACGCCCACGCUGCGGCCGGACGCCGCGCUGCCCGUCAUGGUCUGGAUCCACGGAGGAUCCCUGCAGACGCUCAGCGGCGGCGAGCCCGGAUACUCGCCCACGGAGAAGCUGGCCGCCGACACUCAGCUGGUUUACGUCAGCUUCAACUACAGACUCAACGCUUUCGGCUUCCUGGCUCUGGAGGUGUUGAGAGAAGGUUCUCCAAAAAACACCUCAGGGAACUACGGUUUCCUGGACCAGAUCGCGGCGCUGAAGUGGGUCCAGAGGAACAUCCGUGGGUUUGGAGGAGACCCUGGAAGAGUCACGAUAUUUGGGCAGAGCUCAGGUGGGACUUCGGUAUGGACCUUGAUGACGUCGCCGCUGGCCAAAGGUCUGUUUCACGCCGCCGUGGAUAUGAGCGGCUCGUACGUACUGAAUGCGACGCUGGAAAAAGCCGAAUCGGACAACCUGGUGUUCCUGAAGAAGACGGACUGCAAAGACCUGGUCUGCCUGCGAGGUCUCUCCAUGAGACAGGUGCUGCAGGCCAUCCCGUGGGACGAGUACCCGUCCUGGGCCGGAAGGGAUCUAACGGACCUCCCCACCAGGGGGCGCCUCAUCGGGCCGGUCGCCGUGGUGGACGGGUUCGUCCUGGAAGCUCCGCCUUUUGAGGUUUGGGAGAAAAAGCAAAACUUCAGCGACGUGCCGUUUGUAGUCGGGACGACGGAGCAGGAGGCAGACUUCAGUCCUCCUGCUCUAAACAUCUCUGAUUGGACCUGGGGGGAUUACAGCCUGUAUGUAACAGAAAAGCUCAGGUCCUUCGGUCCGGAUCUCCCUAAAGACGCUCUGGAUCUGUACCCGUCCUCGGCCCCCUGCCCCACCAGAGACCGCUGUCCGGAGAGGGCCUUCACCACCAUGGUGUCUGACAUCAGGGUCACCUGUCCCAACAAUGACCUGGCCAGGAGGGCUGCAGCGGCUCUCAGCAGUCCGGUGUAUCGAUACGUUGUGACCCACACGCCCUCCGGACCCGUCAACACCACCAACGGGCUGCUGUCGUUUCCCAGCCGCUUCUCCUUCCACUGCCUGGAUGCUCUGGCUUUCUUUGGAGAACUGGACCGCUUCCUGCCCAAACCUCUGUCUCCUCAGGACCGGAGCUUCCAGCAGCUCUUCACUCACCACCUGGUCCACUUCGCCAAAACAGGGAGGAUGGAGGCGGCGUGGCCGGAGUUCCCAUCAGCCAUUGCUCUGCUGUCAGAGAAGCUGGAGGUGAAGAAGAACCACUCGUCCACUCGCUGUGAGCUGUGGGAGAAGAACGGUCUGUACGCCUACGCCUGGAUGAACUGAGCUGCUGGUUCCUCCCUGCAUCCUGCUGCUGUGACGUUCUCCACCCUAACGGACAUUUUUCAGCUUAAAUCGCUCGUUUGCUGUGAUUUUUAUGAACCACUUCAGCUGAUGGUAGUUUCACAGUCCAACCAGAUCUGUUGGGAGUUUAAAAAGUGUCACUGUGGGAACAUGACAGAUGUUUCUGGGUGAGUUCAGUCUGCCUGACGGAGCUGAAGACCAAAGAAAAGUGGGAAAUGAGAGAAUUCAGAUGUUUAAGAUGGUGACAGAAAUAAUAAUAAUUUUCAGAUCCAAUAAAGGGGAAAAAAAACAAUCAAAACUCUUCCAACCACUAUGAUAGGUCUCCAUGUUUCAGUCCAAACCAGGGACCUGAGCUGGUUUUCUACCUGUAAAGGUGAGUUAGUUCAUCUGUUCAGCUGAAAGUGACUCCAUCUGCUGUUUGCUGUUUCCCUACAAACGAACUUAGUCAAGCUGAGAGUUUUAGGGUUUAAAUCCUUGAAGACGGACCAAUCAGAACUUCAUGUUUUAUUUUUACUUCAUUUUAGAUCAGAAUUUAUAUUUUCCAACUUUGUUUAAAAGAAACAAAACAUUCCUGUCCAAUAGGGAAUAAAAUCGUAUUGAAAAACCCAGAGAUAACUACCCUGCUUGGCCAGUAGGUGGCGACAAAUCAGUUCAGCUGCAACUCAGUGAUGUUUUAUUCACCUUCACAUUCCCUCACAAAACUCCACCUGAACCAACCCUGAAACAAAUCUCUGAAUAAUUACAUUCAUAAAUUACUGAAUUAACUUUUUUCAAAAGAAACUGAAAUUUAAUUUUAAAAAUACUUUAUUUAAGAUUGUUGUUGAAGCUGAUGGCUGUAAGCAGGACGGAUCUCCUGUAGCAGUCUGUGUUACAGCGGCUCUGAAGAUGCUCUGUAAAAAUGCUUUCAGAAGUAAAAAAGACAUAAAAUAAUAUCCAAAAGACUUUAAAAUAUAUGACACAAUUUCAUCUUUUGGUGAAAGUUGAAAUGUUCCAGGAAGUGCUGAACCCUGCUAAGCUGGACACAAGAAGCUCAAAAAGGAUUUAAAACACAACAGAAGAGCAAAGGAGGAAAAAGGUCACUUCCUGUUGCAAAGUGAUAAUAAUAUCUCUUCUAAUUAGAGAUAAUUUAACCACUCGGGAUGAAAACAAGCAGCUGCAGAGAGGUUGAUGCUUCACACCCGCUCUCCGUCUCGGCCCUCCCGGGUCGCAGGCGGCUAAAAAUAAGGAAAUAAAUCAUUCAAACAGAAAUAAAAACGGGUCAAAAUAAUAAGUACAUGUAAAAAAAAUUUAAACUUCAGGCAGAUCAGAAAGAUUUUCAGAGUUGAUGUCUGAAAAUCGGCAUCUCUGUUAUUUUUUAUAUUUUCUUCCUAUAAAUUUUUGAAAUUAUAAUGUUAGUUGGAAUUUGCAAUUUUUUCCCUCAGAGUUGAACAUCUUCUCUCUGUCCAUAUCUUUGUGUGACCAGAGUUGAACAUCUUCUCUCUGUCCAUAUCUUUGUGUGACCAAGGCAGAAGCAACAUAAAGAUUUUUUAAUAUAUUUGAACCAGCUUCAUGUUGAGACUCCGUCCUGGCUUCCACCUCCAACGUUUCUGCCGAACAUUAAAGCAUUAUUAAUCAAGCUGUGACAAAAAUAACAUUUUGUUGUUCUUGUACAAAGAAAUGUGAAAAACAAAUCACAAGGCAUGACACUGUCACCACCAUGCUUCAGUGUGAGUGUAGCGUUGCCAUGGUGAUUAGCGCUACCUUUGGACCAAAGCAGCAGGUUGAAAAGCUUUCUUUCCUCCUUUCUUUCUCCUCUCGGGUUAAAAACUUGGUCUGUCCCGCCUGCUGGCUGACCUUUGACCUCUCUGAUUAAUGCCCUCCCCUUCAGUCCAGGAGUUUCAUAGCUUUGCCCUUUCACGCCAGGCGUCCAGCUGUUCUAUUUUCUUGUUUUUCUCAAUUUAUUGUAGCUCUAAGAAACGUUCAGAGAUUUAUGACCCAGCCUGACCUGCAUCUCAGCAGAACUUUGUCCCCGACCCGUUUGGAGAGCUUUAAAUCGUUUGCAUUUCUCUUUUACUGAAUUUAUUUUGGAUUUGUUCGUUAUAAAAACAGCAGGAAGUGAAAACAUGUCUGUAUUUCUCAUCUGUCAUCGAAAUGGAUUGUUUGUAUUUUUAACAGAAAUGUUUGGCAGCUGAAUCUGACAUCAUAAAAAUGAGGGAAAAUUUGACUUUUCAUAGGAUAACAUAGAAAUAAAUAUUAUGUGUGACGUAUUAAAAGUUUUGGGGAUUUUUUUGCACUUUGUAGAGAACAAAUCACUUUUAUAAUGUUUGUAUUUUCCUGUUUUAACUCAUUCCUGGUGUCUGUUGUUUUAAAUUGUUUGUUUUUUAAUGAUGUGUUUGUGGUUUGCAGUCAUGUCUUAUUUUGUGUUUAUCUGCUUUUUAUAUGAUCAAUAAAUGGACAUAAUGUGAAAAUGUGUA